AGGAAGAACAAGGCGCGCCGAGAGAGGCCACGGGAACUACAACUCCCAGCAGGCUCUGCGCAGGCAGCGCUUGGUGCGGGCCAAUGAGAACAAAGGAACUGGCGCGCCCUUCGGGCCGCAAUUAAGAGGGGGCAGCGCGCUCCAGGUUCAUUGGCUAGGGGCAUGAGCGUGGGGCCCCGUGAGGGCAUGCUCCGGGCUCAUUGGCUGAGGGACGUGAGGGUGGUGCCCCGGGAGGGCGCGUUCCAGGUUCAUUGGCUGAGGGACGUGAGAGAGGGGCUGCUGGAGGGCGCGCUCCGGGCUCAUUGGCUGAGGUGUGGGGGCGGGGCCUCGAGAGAAGGCGCUUCAGACUCAUUGGCUAGGGGCACGGGGCGGGGCUCCGGGGGCGCGCUCCGGUCUCAUUGGCUGGAGGCGCGGGGCGGGGUUCCGGUGGGCGCGCGUUGAGGCUGCGGUCAUGGAGGGAGCCGGAGCUGGAGCCGGCUUCCGGAAGGAGCUGGUGAGCAGGCUGCUGCAACUGCACUUCAAGGAUGACAAGACCAAAGAAGCAGCAGUCCGCGGGGUGCGGCAGGCCCAGGCAGAAGACGCGCUCCGUGUGGACGUGGACCAGCUGGAGAAGCUCCUGGACUUCUAGGGAUCUCAGCCAUGGCUGAGGCCACCCCCAGAGGAGCCCCUGGUCCACAGAAGCAGGCCUUGUGUUUCCAGCGGCCUCUGGUAACAGGCAGGGAAGGACCUGAGGGAUUUGGAGUUGAUUCAAACAAGAUCCCUGGGAGUCUCCAGCCUGUGCAGAAGGGGCAGGACUGCAGUGCACUGCCGCCCUUGGAGUGUCCAGUGGGGACACUGGUGUGGCAAGGGGCAGCACCUAGGGAGUCCCUGCCUCCCCUCCCUGGGGCAAUAGUGUGCGUGCCACCCGGGGUCCUACAGGCAGGUGCUGGGAAAGGCCCGGCCAGCAGGUAGCCUGUGUGUUUGACAAACAGCAGCUGGCAGCGCUGCCUCCUGCCCACAUUCCUGCCACCCAACAUCAAAGCUGGCGUGUGACCUUUCCAGCCAUGCGAUAUUCCCCUUGGAAGAUGCUUCCCCAGGCUAUAAAUUUGUUCUCACAAAGCAACAUCAAUAAAUCAAAACUGUCUCUCCCA